AUGCUGGAGAUGGGCCAGGGGCGCAUGGGCGAGCACAGCAAAACUGCCGGCUUGCUGGAAUGGGCUAGGGUUGCAAGCUCGUUUCAAAAAGGCCUGGGUGUCAUGCUGCUGCCGAGUAGUAGGAGUGAGGGCAACGACAACAGAGGUGGGGACAAUAGUGGUAAUGGUAGUGGUGAUGACGAUUCUGAUUGUGGUGGUAGUGGUGGUUGUUGUGGUUAUAAUGGUGGUGGCGACAAUGGUGGUAGUGGCAAUUGUGGUUGUAGUGACAGUGGUGGAGUUUGUGGUCAUGAUGGUGGUGACAAUAGUAAGUCGUCAAUCCCUAAAACGGACUAUGUAAUGUACUUUAUCUACUGGAUUACCGGUGAUGGUGGUGACAAUGAUGCUAGUGACAGUUGUGGUUGUGGUGACUAUGGAGGUUGUGGUGAUGGUGGUGAUGGUGGUAACAAUGGUGAUGGUAAUAGUAGUGAUGGUGUAAGGUUAGUAUUUCUUGUGGUAUGUGGUAGAGGUUAG